AUGAAACUUAUUUUCUAUAUGAGCAUCCUAGCUGGGAUGUCUUUCUUUGCUCACUCGGCUGUGCAAAAAGAAGACCAUGCUCCCUAUUUGGUGUACCUCAAGUCUUACUUCAACCCUUGUGUAGGUGUCCUCAUCAAACCCAUCUGGGUGCUAGCCCCAUCUCACUGCUACUUACCGAAUUUGAAGGUGAUGCUAGGAAAUUUCAAAAGCAGAGUGAGAGACGGUACAGAGCAGACAAUUAGUCCCAUCCAGAUCAUCCGCUACUGGAACUACAGCGACGCUGCCCCACAGGAUGACCUCAUGCUCAUUAAGCUUUCUAAGCCCCCCGUUCUCAACCACAAAGUCCAAGUCAUGCCCAUUGCCACCAGCAAUGUCCAGCCAGGCACCAAGUGUAUAGUUUCAGGUUUGGACUGGAGCCAAGAUAACAACGAGAGGCAUCCUGACUUACGGCAGAACCUUGAGGCCCCUGUGAUGACUGACGAAGAAUGUCAGAUGACUGAGCAAGGAAGCAGCCACCGGAACUCCAUCUGUAUUAAAUUUAUGAAAGUACUCAACCGGAUUAUGGGGGAAGUGGCUGUUGCGACUGUCAUUUGUAAAAACAAGCUACAAGGGAUCGAGGUUGGAAACUUCAUGGGAGGAGACGUUGGUAUCUAUACCAAUGUUUACAAGUAUGUGUCAUGGAUUGAGAAAACCACUAAAGAUAGGAAAAAUUGA